UGCCCGGAGAAGGCUGAUGUGUGGAGUGUUCCACAUUCUCAGGUGUGAUCAGGAGCGCCUCUUCCGGUGUAGUAGCCUCCGCGUUCCCGCGUGACGGACGUGUGUACCGGCGCCGCCAGGUUCGGGAUGAGCAUCAGCCUCCGCGUUCCCGCGUGACGGACGUGUGUACCGGCGCCGCCAGGUUCGGGAUGAGCAUCAGCCUCCGCGCUCCCGUGUGACGGACGUGCGUGCCUGCGUCGUCAGGUUCGGGAUGAGCAUCAGCCUCCGCGCUCCCGUGUGACGGACGUGUGUGCCGGCGCCGCCAGGUUCGGGAUGAGCAUCAACCUGCGCGGCAGCGACAUCUGGCUGGAGCCGCUGCAGGACGAGAGGUCGUCCAGGGGUCACCGCGAGGGCAGCGGCCAGAGCCGGCGGCGCGCCGCGCCCCGCGAAGCGGCCAGCUGGGACGUGACGGUGACGCGCGGCUCGCGCGGUCUCGGCCUCAGCGUGGAGAGUGCGGCGCCCGCCUGGCCCAGCCACGUGCGCGUGAAGCGCGUCUUCCCGCACCAGCCGGCGGCGCUGACCGGCUGCAUCCGGCCGGGAGACGUACUGCUGCGCGUCAACGACAUGCCCGUCCGGGGCCUCUCCGUCCAGGAGGUGCUGCACGUGCUGCGACUGGCCGGCACGGAGGUGCUGCUCUCGCUGGCGCGCCCGGCGGCCGACGACGGCGACUCCGACUCCGACUCCGACUCUGACUCAGGCGGGCGGGACGAGUCGGAGUCGGCCUCCCGCUCCUCUCUGCGGCUGGAGCCCGAGUGUGUGGGGGUGAGUCAUGCCACGAGUCACGGGCUAUCUGGCUAGUCAUGCACUUUAGAGAUGCCGUCGGUGGGUGCAGUGGCGACGCGCGUUGGUUGG